AUGCCAGCAUCAAACCCCUCCACCUCCCCAGACGCCACGCCUCUAUCCCUCCGCUUCAUCGACUCCACCCACACAGAGCCAAAGAAGAAGAAGAAGGCUCACAAGAAGAGCAGAGGCGGCUGCACGCCAUGCAAAAGAAGGAAGGUAAAGUGCGACGAAGCAACCCCCUGCGCAAACUGCAUCCGCCGCAACGAACCAUGCACACGUCUGCAACAGUCCUCCACCCCGGAGAGAACGUCGCCCGCCGCCGCCAGCACAGGACCGGCACGCCCCUUAGACCCCUCGGGACCCGUGAACCUGCUUCACAUGCAACUCCUUCACCACUUCCAGCACGCGACGAUCCCCACUCUCUGCUUCGCCGACGUCUGGGCGUCCGUCCUCCCGCUCGCCUUCCGGGCAGAGUACCUCAUGACGGCCAUCCUCGCUGUCUCGGCGCGGCACCUUGGUACUCUCAGACCCGAGGACGCCGUCUACGGUGAAGCGAGCCUGGCUCUGCUCUCCCGCAGUUGCGCGCUUUUCGGCGCCGAACUCGGCCGGGACGACGGGGCUGGGGGAGACGGGUACGACCCGCUCUUCUUCACGGCUCAGCUUAUACACUACCUUACAUGGUGUAAUCUCGAAUUCAUCGACGGCUCUGACGACACCGGCGCCACCCUAGAUCUCUCCCGGGACCAACUCUUCCUCCUCAGCUCCGGCGUGCGCGUCUUUCUCUCUGGGACCCGGGCGCAGGGAAAAGACAGCGUCUUUGCCAAAGCAUGGCAAGACGCCCCAUGCGACGCGCUCGACAAGAUCGUAGCGGAACAGGGUAUGGGCCGUGGCCGGAUUCAGAGCGCCUUGAUGGAUCGAUAUGACAACAUGACGGCCGAAAGCCGGACACCAACCCCCUCGUCGGGUAGCCAAGGCACCGUCGCCCCGGAGCAUCAUAGCACCAACGCAGACCGAGCCGCCUUCGCCGGCAUCGUAGAGCGACUGUCAGUCAUCCUAGCCCUCUGGCAACAUCGCGCCACGAAUCCCCAACCCCCCGCGAGGCCCGACCUCGAGCGAUACAUCCUCGCCUUCCCGCUCUUCUGCUUCGGUCCGUUGCUCGACAUGAUUGUCGCAAACGACCCGAGGGCGCUACUUGUGCUGUAUCACUUUUAUGAGACCUCGCGGUUGCUUCUCGGGGGGGAGGAGGAGGGGAAAGCCACGUGGUGGGCAUGUGACAGACUCAAUGCUAUGCCGAAGAGGAUUGAGCGGGAGAUACGUAGGCGGGGUAUACAGCCCUUGGUGAUGUGA